UUGCAUUUUUUUGGUUUUUUUUCUAUAAUAUUCCUUUUUCAGUGUGUGGUUGUGGACUUCACCAUCCAUCGUGACGCAUGUCGCCAUUCAUCCAUUUCUUCACUUGAACCUGAAGAUGAAGAACUCGACAAUGAGAACUAUGAGGAGAAUGUUACGGAGCACGCCGAGGUUGAGAUGUGUGAAAAUGGUUGUCAAACAGAAGACAGUGGCGAUAUUGAAACUCAACAAAUCGCUACGAUUACACCAGCGCCCGUACCAGAAUCGCCCACAAUGUGCAAUCAUCACAACAAGGGAACGAGUGAGGGUGACAUUCACGUGUCUUUUGCUGUCCAUUGGUACCUUUACCGAAUACUUUCUUUACAGCGACAUGCCGGAUCGGGAAUAACGAAAGACUCACUAUUUCGCGAUAAUGUUGCUAAAAUGGCAGAGUCUACAGAAGAAGUUCUCCAGAAGAUCAUGCAGACUCGUGAACAACAGCCGCAAGUGGAGAAAAUCUCGGAAGCUGACCAACAACGUCUUCUUCAGUUCUGUAUCAAAAAUUUCGGCAUCGAUAACUUUGACAUGAUUCCACCUGAACUUGCCGGCUCCGAUGAGACGAUGCGCUGUUUCACUGCCACGCUCAACGCCAUCAUGCAGAAACGUCUUGAAAUCAUCAGCGAUGAUCAUGGAACUUGUUGUCUAGCAUCUGGGCUGUGUACAGUGCAUUCGAAUCGUAUUUACAAGGCUGCAGAAAGUUUUGUGAAAGUCGUAGAGCAGAUGUUCGAGUCAGAGAUCCUCACAGCCACAUUUGCCAAAAUGAGCUUCAUGAGCAAUGUAUCAAGUGAAGAGGUGCCGAAAAGGAUUUCGAAGGCUGCAGCUGUUGCCAAUGGCGGCAAAUCUGAGCCACCAUCUGAAUUCGCGGUAUCUCUGUCAGAAGCCGAUGAUGAAGAAAGUAUUGAUGAUUUUGAAGAGCUCCAUAGCGCAUCCCUAUCAGGAGAAGAUGUUGAACAACAGAUGCGAGAGCUGUUGAACGAAAUUAGUCAUUGCCGCGUACAUGACCUGAUUCUGGACAAGAUCGAAUCUAUGGAGAAGGAGCCUAAUAACAGCUCGAUAGGUCUGCGCGCAUUGCUCGUGCAACUCUUCAACUAUUCGCAGACACUAUCAGUAAGUGGCUUGACCCAUAUG